CCACGUCACCUUCAAGUCACCCUGAUCCCCAGAAGCCACCCCGAGCGCAUCCCACACCGCCGGCGACGCAUCCACAACGUUGUUGGGGCACGGCGGCUGGUAAUCGUGCACGUCAUCACAGCCCUCCGUGGAAUCGCACUCGUCCACCACCUUCGCCACCACGCUCCUCCCGUUCCCCGUGAUCUUUAUCUGCCGAAAGCAGCUCUUCCUGUUGUUGAACCAUCCGCUCGACAGCGCCACGACCCGCUCCUCGUCGCCGUGGAACUUGUUGUCGCACUCCGACGCCCCGCCGCCGUCUUUCCCCUUCUCGAAGCUGUUGAUGGUGAGGACGGCUUUGGUCUGAUCGGUGAUCGGCGGGGAGCACUUGUAGGUGGUGUACAGCUUGCCCUCAACGCAGCAGUCGGAGUGGUUGAUUUGGUUGCAUUGGUUUGCUGGAGGCUUUUUGCCACGGAGCUUGCCGCUGGGGGAGCAGGUUUGGGGUUUGGCUUCCACGUCCAGGUCGAGGAGGAUGGCGAGGGUGAGAGUGAGAGUGGAGAGGAGGAUGAAAACAGGACGACUCAUAUUGUUAUGUGA